UUAUAAUCCUGCAGCCUGAGGAGGACAGGUGGAGAUAAAAGGGAUUGGAUCCCACCCAGCUCCCUCUCUUUGACUUACUCAAAUGCAGCUCAGCCAGUAAACAAUCUGCAAGGGGCCGCCUUUCUGCACGGACCCUGCAUCUGGAGGCGUUGCCGAUAGCAUGAGUGUUGGACGGAUAAACGGCUACAGCAUUGUGUCGUCCGAGGAAGAGGGCCUCCGCCUCUCUACCAUGCAUGGCAUGAACGGCUUUGGCAAUGGCAAGAUCCACACACGGCGCAAGUGCCGCAACCGUUUUGUCAAAAAGAAUGGCCAGUGCAAUGUGCAGUUUGCCAAUAUGGAAGAUAAGUCGCAGCGCUACAUGGCCGACAUCUUCACCACAUGUGUCGAUAUUCGCUGGCGAUGGAUGCUGGUCGUCUUCACUCUUGUGUUUGUUCUCUCCUGGCUUGCCUUUGGUUUAGCCUUUUGGGUCAUUGCUCUGCUACAUGGAGAUCUGGACAACCCCGGUGGAGAUGACAACUUCACUCCAUGUGUCCUACAGGUCAAUGGAUUUGUGGCAGCCUUUCUGUUCUCCAUUGAAACACAGUCUACCAUAGGGUAUGGCUAUCGCUGUGUCACUGAAGAGUGCCCGAUGGCUGUCUUCAUGGUGGUCUUCCAGUCCAUAAUGGGCUGCAUCAUUGACUGCUUCAUGAUUGGCGCAAUCAUGGCCAAGAUGGCCAGGCCUAAGAAGCGAGCACAGACACUGUUGUUUAGCCACAAUGCUCUCAUUGCCAUGCGGGAUGGAAAGCUGUGCCUCAUGUGGAGGGUAGGAAACCUCCGCAAAAGUCACAUUGUAGAGGCCCAUGUCAGGGCACAGCUGAUCAAACCUCGGAUCACUGAUGAGGGGGAAUACAUUCCUCUGGACCAGAUAGACAUUAAUGUGGGAUUUGAUAAAGGCCUGGAUAGGAUUUUCUUGGUUUCACCCAUCACUAUUCUCCAUGAGAUAGAUGAGGAGAGCCCCCUAUUUGGAAUCAGCAAACAGGACUUGGAGACAGCGGACUUUGAGAUUGUCGUCAUCUUGGAGGGGAUGGUUGAAGCGACGGCGAUGACCACGCAGGCUCGCAGCUCCUACUUGGCCUCGGAAGUUCUUUGGGGUCACCGUUUCGAGCCUGUCUUGUUUGAGGAGAAGAACGUGUACAAGGUGGAUUACUCUCACUUUCACAAAACCUACGAGGUGCCGUCCACCCCCCGCUGCAGUGCCAAGGAAAUGGUGGAGAACAAGUUCUUAGUCCCCAGCACAAACUCGUUCUGCUAUGAAAACGAGCUUGCCUUCCUAAGCCGCGAUGAUGAGGAAGAGGAAGUAGGUGGUAGUAGCAGGCCGCUGGCGAACCUCAGUCCAGACAGAAACAGCCGACAUGAGUUUGAACGCUUACAGGCCACCAGGGCGCUGGAUCAAAGGUCAUAUCGAAGAGAGUCGGAAAUAUGACCCAUACCCAUUGACCUUGGCUCAACUUUAACCAAGGGUAAAAAUGCAGAACAAUGCAAAGUGCCAUAGGAAAAGCUGAAAGCUGGAAAAGACAUAUGGCGACACUAAAAGGUACUUAACUGGAAGAAAUGGGGGAAAUCAGAAGCACGCAGAUA